GCCGUGUACAGAGCGAGAGCGCGCGCGCGCGAGAGCGAGCGGGUGAGGGCGAUUAAAAGAAGAAAGAAAGAUUUAAAAGGGAAAGCCAUCGGUUUUUUUUCUUUCUUCUCAUGUGGAGUUAGUCUGUGGCGGUCACCGAGUCGGUUGAUCAUUGGUGGAGAUUGAGCGCGGAGAUAAACACUUCAGGAACUGUUCUUCAGGUUGUCAGCAGACAGCUGAAGUUCCUUGCCUAGUGGAAGAAGACUAUCUUAAAGAGAUUCUUGCCAUGUGUGUUCCAAGAAGAUGGGUGUUAAUGCUUCUAACUACCCGUAUCCCUCAUGUCAGACAGCUGGGGUGAAAACACAGUCGUCAAAUGCAAUCGGUGAAUCCCCUUCGCAUCCUCAGUUUGGAUGUCAGCUGGACGGGAAGCUCUGUAUCUCUGGGCUGGGCCAGGACAAGCGUGAGAAGAAGAGGAGCUCCAACCUUGCCUUGCUGAAGAAGAAGCUGUUCAGGCGGCGCAAGUCGGCCAAGUCGGCUGACCAUGCCAAGCACAUGCGUGAGCUGCUCUGCAGCUGGGACGUGCGAGACGUGGGCCUGCUGGUGAAGCAAUAUGAAGCGGCUCUGGCCGUGAAGGAACUGGCAAUUCAAGCGUGUGUGGCCAGGCCAGAGGCCAGCCGCUUAAAUGAGGAUUUGGCCAAGUUGUACCAGUUCAAGUACUGUACCGAUGUGGACCUGAUAUUCCAGGGUACGUGCUUUCCUGUCCAUCGUGCCAUCCUGGCAGCGCGGUGCCCUUUCUUCAAAACCCUCCUCUUGUCUAACCUGGACCGUGCGGAGUUGGUUAUGGACAUCAGCACUGUUGGCAUAGACAUACCGAUAUUAUCUUCGCUAUUGCACUACUUGUACAGUGGAGAGUUUGGCGUGCGGGAUUCCCAGAUCAAGAACGUUGACGUCCUAGUCCGUCUCAGUGAGGAGUUUGGCAUGCCCAAUGCCCUUCACUUUGACAUCUACAGCCUCCUGGAGAGUUGCUGCUAUUACGAUGCGGUCCUCAGCUUCACCUCCAGCCCUGAGGCCUCCGACGGCUUCGAAGGGUGCCGCCUGGAAGGUGACUUCCGCUGCCACAAGGCCAUCCUCUGCGCCCGCUCGCCGUUCUUCCGCAACCUCCUCCAGAAGCGGAUCCGCAGCGGGGAGGAAACCACAGAUCGGACCCUGCAGACCCCAGCCAGAAUUGUUCUGAACGAGGCAAUCAUUCCAAAGAAGUAUGCAAAGGUUAUUUUGCAUUGCAUGUACACGGACCUGGUGGACCUGGAUUUGGUCCUACCGUUCAGCCCAUCUACAGGGAGUUUGAGGGAAGUGCAGGAUGAAUCAGGGAAGGACAGCGAAACCCGGUUGGAGAACGCAAUGGAACUGUUCCAUAUUGCACUCUUCAUUGAAUUCGACAUGUUGGCCCAAGGCUGUGAAGAUCUGAUUGUUGAGAGCGUUACUCUGGACUCGCUAGUGACUAUCCUGAAGUGGAGUUCCCAACCUUAUGGAUCCAAGUGGGUCCAUCGGCAGAUGCUGCAUUUCCUCUGUGAGGAGUUCAGUAAUAUCGUCGCUUCAGACAGUCUCUUUGAGCUCAGUAAGGAGCACCUGAUGGCAGCCAUCCAGUCGGACUACCUGCAGGCAAGUGAGCACGAUAUCCUGAAGGCUGUGAUUAAAUGGGCUGAACACCAACUGGCGAAACGUCUGUCUGAUGAGGAGCCCAAUUUGUUGAAUGGGACGGCGCACAGUGUUAACAAACGUGGAGUGAAGAAACGUGAUUUGGACUCUGCACAGCUCCGCGAGAUUGUCUGCGACCUGGUGCCACACGUUCGCAUUGCUCAUGUCCUUCCAGCGAAGAGUGAGGCCCUGUCUGAUGCCAUGAAGCGAGCAUUGAUCAGUUCUCCUCCACUGGACAUGCUCCCACCCCCAGAAGGAAGGAAAUCCAGAGCGUGGUUUUGCCUCAAGGCCUCUGGUAUCGGUGCCAGACCUCGACUGUUUACGCCUUACAUCGAGGAAGCCAAGAUCGUGCUGGAUGAGCUGAUGUCAGAGCAGAGCAGUCUGGAAAAGGUUCGAAUGAGUCGGAUCUCCAGUGUUCCAGACACACUCUACAUGGUUGACUCCAGCAUAGCGGAUUUUUCUCGUUUUAAUUCUGGAUCACCCCAGGGAUGCGAUGAAAGUGUUUCUGCCACUCUGCGAGACGAAGUACCUGUGCCCCCAGUAGAUGUCGCCAAGUCCAUGUUUAGGCGUCUCAGGGAGAUUUGGCACAGUGACCAGGUACAGCGGGCAUAUGCUCUAAACAUCGGUGCAGGGGCUGCUGUGACCCAGGCAGUCUAUUUACGGGUGGUCAGAGAGUUUGGCCUCCCAGAUGCUACCACUGAGUUAUUGAAGUAUCCCACAGUGUAUUUUCCGAAUGAGCAUCUGAGCAUCGACAGCCCGGUCUUCGGGAAACGCCAGGCCAAUUCCCGCCGGGCCACCCCUGUGAAGGAAACCAAUGUUCAGAGCUUGGAUCCCUUCCGGAAUUUCAGCCCCCCACUCCCGCCGCCACCCCCUCCCUACCACCCUCCUGCGUCACCCCGGAGGGAGCAGACGCAGGCCAGUGAAAAGAAAGAAGAGAGUCAGCCUACCUCAUGCCGUGCUCUGCGUGCUAACCUGCAGCCACACUCUGCUGCUCAGACUUUGGAACAGGCCGUUCAAGCUUCUCUCAGGGCAGCAAAUUGUGAGGAGCCCUCUGACGACCACUUGGAUCUCAAAGAGCAGGUUUCCAAGAGUGUGGUGAAGGAGUUGAUGCCAGACAUUGCCAUGGCAGCCACAUCAAAGCCAAGCUUGCCACCCAAAGACCCUGAGCUUUGCAAAGCUGUGUCCGAAGCCGGGCAGGAACCCACAGAGCUGAGCACCGAGGCUCCCGAACUGCCCUGUUCAAGUCGCGGUGUCAGCAAGUACAGCUUGAGGAAGAAGAAACACUCUCGGGGACAGAAACCCCGCAGGCAUGUAGACUUUUGGAACUACCCUGAUUUUUAUGACUUUUCUCCGGAUGAUUCCUGCCAGUCUUUUGCUCCGUCCCAGAAGUUGCCCAGCCCUGCCCCAUCCCCUUCAAAGGGUCACACAUUCUGCCAAGAUGCGAAAAAUAACUCCAGACAACCCACGAGCUUAAAGCCACCUCAUUUAAGUCCAGCAUUGCUUUCAAAAAGAAAAGAGACCUUGAACAGUGAUCCAAUAGAUGUUCAUGAGAAGGCUGACCUUACGAGGACUUCUGUAAGUGUUGACCCACCACCUGCAGUGGAGGUUAUUCAUUGUACUGCUGGCACAGAUCUGACCCAUGGUCUACCAGCUCACGAGGAAAGGCUGCUGGAUGUACCUCAGCAAUUCGGGAGGCCUGACCAGCAAACACCUUUAGAACCAGCUGAUUACAAAGCCUUUGCUGGUGGGACAUUGAUAGGGACAGACUUAAUCCAUGGCUUGCCGGCUGAAGAGUCGAAGCCGAGGCCCAGGCUUGUGUCGCCUGUCAGGUGUUCGUUCCUCCCUUGCGAGCCACUGUCAUCCCAGCUGAGACGAAGGAACUCGCCACAGACCAUAGUAAAGUCAGACAACUUCUCGUUGCCAGCACCUACCUGUUGCGACUACCUUUAUCGGAGGGGAGGUUCUGACACCGCAGUGACCACGGACUUGACUUCUAGUCUUCCCGCCAGCCCUGGUGUAGGUGUGCCGUUCAUCUCUGUCAUUGAGGACGCAGCUGGGAGACUAGCCGAGGCAAGCCACCUCUCACCAUCAAACUGUUGUAUCAGCCAUAGCGUGAACACCAAGAGACAGCCAAAUAAGUCUGAGCCUAGAGACUUUCUAUACAAGAAGUCGGCUCUAUAGAUCUGGCAUAUGUUAUUUCCCUUCUGAUGUUUUGUGUCAUUUUUCUCUUUCCUUUUUCUCCCUUUCUCUAUCUUAUUUUGUUCUUUUUUUUACUCUGUCUCUAUUUUCCCUUUCUUUUCCCCUUUUUCCUCUCUUUUUCCUCUCUCAAUCUCUCCUUUCUUUUUCCCUCUUCUCUUUCUCUCUCUCUUUUCCUUCCAAAGGAUGCCCAUCAAACAAAAAAUCAUGUGGUGCGAUGGAAGUUCUUGUGAGUUUAGUCAUGGUUAGCUGGUUAGCCUCACUGACUGUAUGCCUAUAUCCGGAGCUGUUUGAUCCUUCUGAUCCAGAUGAAACACAGGGGGGUGAGUCUCUGAGCAAUACAAACCAUUCUAGUGACUAUAUUUACAGUAGCGAGGUCUUGUUUUCUGCUUACUUUCUCCUUGUAGAAGGUAACAAGCUGAUAGAAUGGACAGGAAGGGAUGUGGUCCAGGGGAUGGAUUUUUUUUUUGCUCACCAUUUUAUUUUGACAAGAGGGCAUAAUUGAAAUGUGCUGGAUGUUGACAGGGAGAAGAGUCCCAUGUCCUAUGCAAGUUAAACAGGGCCAAAACAGAGGAACCAGCUGAGGAAGAUUGAAAACUUUCAGCGAAAAGCACAAGGGAAUGAUUUUGUUUUCACUUUGGAAUUGUUGUUCUACAAAGAAACUUUGUCUUUAGUUCAGAAAUCAUGACUGGGUUUGCAUUUUUGUUUUAUUUCUGUUGAACUGGAGUGUUAUAAGUGAAGUGGACAGAUAUUUUUGUUGUCAAUGCUUCGCCACAAGGCAGUCAUUACGAUCGGCUCCACUCCUGGGCACUUGCUGCUCACUGCAUGGAACUGGGGCCAUUGCAAGUAAGACUUACCCCAAGCUUGACUCCUGCUGCGUGUUCCCCCUUCACCCCCCCCCACUUGGAAUUGUGGGCAUUGCUGCAUGCAGGAAGGAAGUAUUAGUCAAGAUCCUUCUUGCAAUGCCAUCCAUCCUCUGUGCCCACCACCAAUCAACUUCAACCAGAGCGUGCUCCCAAGCUUGUAUUUGUCCCUCAGAGCAAAUGCAGCCUCCCUCUGAUUGGGCAGGAGAGCCCUCCUGAAGCCCAGUGCCACUCGGGAUGAGGGUGCUUCACUGUGGAUGAGAACAGGAAAUAAAAGGAGUUAAUAUUCAAGUGGAGGGGCUGUCUCUUUAUUUUACCAUGGUAUUCUGUAGCCUGAUGCAAAUAACUAUGCUGGAAAUGAUUUUUCUAGUAAAAUUAUGAAUUCUUUAAAACUGGAGCUUGGACAAUAGUUUGUGGAACUUCUUGCUGUAUCAGCUAAACUGUACGGGGGGAGGUCAAUUUCAAGAAAUGCUCAUGCGCUUUUACUUGUAGGUAACACAGGCAAAGCAACCAGUCUCUCGUAUCACUGACAUUAAACUGCCUGUUCAGGUUCUGCCCAGAUGUUAAACAUCUGGGUUGAACUGCUAGAUUAUCAGGAAGUAUUGUGAGAAAUCGAGAGAGGGAGUGUGUUAUGCAAAGGAGGCAGAUCCAGUUGAUAAUAGGGCUAUUUUGUUGCAUGGUUAGUUAUGCAACCCGUAAAGGCACUUGAAAUUCCCUCGCACCCUUAUCCUGUCCCAGGUCUCCUCUUUUCGAGGCCCUUUACUCAUAACCUUAACUGUCUCAAGCUGCUUCUAAACUGCUUUGGAGAGGUUGUUUCUAUUUUAGACAUCUUGAAGUUUAAAAUUAUGUUUUGAAUAUAUUUUUAUAUGAUAUUAUCAACUGCGCAUCUACAGGUUGUAUCACCUUUUCCUAAAACAUUUAGUCUGUUUAAAGCCUCUGGUUUCUACCAUACUUGUUGAAAUGGUCAUUGAACUCAUGAAUUAUUUAAAGGUUUGAUUUUGAAACUCUCUAGUGAGCCAGGGUUUUGUUCUAAGGCAGUUUAAAGAGGCAUGUACCACCGCAAACUUAGCCAAAGCUUUAGGCGUAAUCUGUAAACUGAUUUAAUCUGAUGCUGUUGCAAGUAUUAGAGGCAUGUUCCAUAUUGUCCAUUCUCAGUCCUUUUGGACCACUAGUAUUCUACAAUUAGGUUAAAAAAAAAGGAGGAUUGUGAUUGUGCAUGCCACUGAAGGAGCUGCCAAGACCAAAACCAGAUGUGUGUGGGGUCAGCUCAUAAGGCUGGAUCCUCACUUGAAUAAUGAGGUUCACUUUCCUAAUUCGUCAGCAAACUAUUGUCAAUAGAUCAGAACAUAUAUGGAGCAGAAUUAGGCCAUUCAGCCCAUUGAGCCUGCCAUUUCACCAUGGCUAAUUGAUUAGCCCUUUCAACCCGACUCUCCUAGUUAAACAAUGGAGAGCACAGAGAAAGUUGCAGGAUGGUGGUCCCUCCCUUCAUUGGAAGAACGGUAAUAAACUGAUCCACUAAGAUUGGGCAGGUAGAUGUUUAAAUAUCUCUCCUCCCAUUAAUUUUGAGGUGUUCAUUCUUAUCACUUUCAAGUGGCUAGUUUGCGUGUGUGCAGUUGGCCUUUUCUCUAUCACCUUGAAACUUUGGAGACAACUUCUACAAAAAUCCGUUUGCCAGUUAUUUGACUACAGUUACAACACUGGUGAUCUGUGACUUAGACUAGUGCUGGCAAUGUUCUGUUUUCCCUCACCUUUUGUGGUCCAAUCAAUAUACAGACAACAUUAUUCAAUGAAGAUCUUGAGAUCACCAUGAGGUUCUGCAGAUGCUGGAAAUGCAGUACAGUGCACACACAAAAUGCUGGAAGGAUCUCAGCAGUCAGGCAGCAUCUAGGCAGAUGUUCCCAAUCUAUUUUAUGCCAUUAAACGGGGGUCGGUGGACCCCCAGGUUGGGAGCCCCUGAUCUAUGAGGAGGAAUUACUGUUUAUUCCUCUCCAUCAAUAUCACCUGGCCUCAGUUCCUCAAGCACUUUGUGUGUGUUGUAGAAGAAAAUGUCUCCUUAUUUUCUUACCCACCCCCCUGCCAACUUCAGUAUUAUUUUUAUCUACUUUACCAUCAGAUCACUAAAUAAUUUAUGCGCUAGUAUUAUGGUCAACCUUGUGACUCGGGAAGCCACCAGAUCAAGCCCUUUUCCUUUUCCACUAGGCCUUUGAAUAAGUUUUGAUUUUUUGUUUCCUACUUGGAGAAAAGCGAAAAACCUUCCAACAGAUUUGUUUAACAGGCCGAGUCAUAUUUGCAAGGCUGACCCACUUGGAGUCAUUGUUUGGCCAAUGAUUUACAACCUAUCAAGUACCACAUCAGUACUGAAGGCAAGAUGAAUGUCUGGAUAAACAUAAGGGCAACUUGUUCAACCGUCCAGCUUGACAUUGAAUUUCCUCUUCAGAGAUUUCCAUAAGACAUAGGUGCAGGAUUAGGCCUUGCAGCCCAUCAAGUCUACUCCACCAUUUGAUCAUGGCUGAUUUUUUUUCUCCUCCUCAGCCCUAUUUUUCUGCCUUCUCCUCAUAACCUUUGACACCCUUAUUAAUCAAGAAGCUAGCAAUCUCAGCUUUAAAUAUACCCAAUGACUUGGCCUCCACAACCAUCUGUGGUUUUGAAUUCCUCAAGAUUCACCAUCCUCUGGCUAAAGAAAUCCUUGCUCUAAGGGACAUCCCUCAUUUCUGAGGCUGUGCCCUCUGAUCCCAGAUUUCCCCCAGCAUGCAGGACAUUCUCUCCACAUCCACUCUAUCGAGGCCUUUCAAUAUUCAAUAGGUUUCAAAGAGCUCACCCCUCAUUCUUCUGAAUUCCAGCGAGUAGGGGCCCAGAACCAUCAAACGCACCUCAUAUUAUACAUUAACCCUUUCAUUCUUAGGAUAAUUAUGAAUCUUCUCUGGAUCCUUUCCAAUGGCUGAACAUCUUUUCUGAGAUGUGGGUCAGAAACUGCUCACAAUACUCCCAAGUGUGGUCUGACCAAAUUCUCCAUCAUCUAAAAUAGACAGGCCCUUUGGCCCACAGUGUUGUGCUGAUCUUCUAACCUACUCUUAAGAUUCUUCUAACCUUCCCUCCUAUGUAGCCUUCCAUUUUUUUUUUAAGUUCCUUGCAUGCAGAGACAUGAUUCUGCAGAUGCUGGAAAUCUUGAGCAACACACACACACACAAUGCUGGAGGAACUCAGCAAGUCUUCAUCGCCUCCCUCUGGUUCCCCUCCACCUUCCCUUCCUCCCAUGGGUCACUCCUUCUUUAUCAGCCUUUUACCUUACAUGUUCUCACUGAUCACCUAUACUCCUUCCCCUUGCCUUCUCUCUCCCCACCUUAUUCUGGCUCUUACCCUUUCCAGUCCUGAUGAAGGGGCUUGGCCUGAAACAUCAACUGUUUAUUUCCUUCCUGACGUGCCGAUUUCCUCAGCACUUUAUGUGUGUGUUGGCCCAGAGCCGGGGUUCCCAACCUUGCUUAAUGGUAUUGUUCAAUAACUUGAAAAAGGUUCAGAACCCCUGCUCUCGAGUUCCUUGCAAUGUGUCAAGCUUGCCAUGUACUUUAGCACUUAUUUGAUAGCACCAUUAGUAUAUCCCAGAAAGUUACACAAGCCAGCUGUGCCACUUCCUGUGGUGUUUGCUGAGAGAGUCAGAUAUUUCUACGAGUUGACCUAAAGCUGACAUUUGAAUCCAGUUGAAGCACACCAGUGAGGCCUCACUUGGAGUAUUGUGAGCAGUUUUGGGCCCCUUAUCUAGGAAAGGAUGUGCUGACAAAGGAAAGAGAUCAAGGAAGGUUCACAAAAAUGAUUAUGAGAAUCAAAGGCGCAUAUGAAGAACAUUUGAUGGUUCUGGCCCUUUGCUCACUGGAAUUCAGAAGAGUGAGGGGUGACCUCACUGACUCCUGUCAAAUGUUGAAAAGGUCUCGACAGAGUGGAUACGAAGAGGAUGUCUUCUAUGGUGGGGAAAUCUUAAGAUCUGAGGAGAGAGCAGGAUAGAGGGGUGUCCAUUUAGAAUGGAGAUGUGGAAGAAUUUCUUUAGCCAGAGUAGAGAAUCUGUGGAAUUUAUUGCCACAGGCGACUGUGGAGGCCAAGUCAUUGAGUAUAUUUAAGGCAGUGGUUUGUAGGUUCUUAAUUGUCAGAGCAUGAAAGGAUACAGGGAGAAGGCAGGAGAUUGGGGCCGAAGGGGAAAUGGAUCAGUCAUGAUGAAAUAACAGAGCAGACUUUGAAAAAGAAAUCUUUUUAAAAGGGGGCAGAGGAGGGUUGGGCUCACAGAAAAAAGUUUGACGGUGAUAACGGUGUCCUGAUGGCAUCGUACUUGUGCUCCUUGAGUCUGUCUGCCAUUGGUCAAGACUCCAGACUUGCCGUGGCAGCAGCCCAAGAUCAGCAUUGCAAGGCAGAUAGCUUUGUGCUGUUCGUGUGGAUAACCACCCCAGAGUUGAUAACUGGUCACAUGCUGGUUCUGAUAAUGAAAAUGUGUCUCAAACUCUUUGAGACUUUGAGGGAAAGGGAAAAAGAACAUUGAGGCCUUUUUAUAUAAAUAGAACAUAAGACAUAGGAGCAGAAUUGGGCCAUUUGGCCCAUCGAGUAUGCUCCACCAUUCAAUCAUGACUGAUUUAUUAUCCCUCUCAACCCCAUUCUCCUGCCUUCCCCUCUAACCUUUGACCCUUGAUGCCCUGACUAAUCUUUCAACUUCCACUUUAAAUAUACCCAAUGACUUAAACUCCACAACCAUCUGUGGCAAUGAAUUACACCGAUUCACCACCCCCGCUUAGAACUUCCUCCUCAUCCAUACUCUAAAAGGACAUUCUGAAGAUGUGCCCUUGGGCUUAGAAUCCCCGACUAUAGGAAGCAUCCUCUCCAUGUCCUCUCUAUCCAGGCCUUUCAGUAUUCGAUAGGUUUCGAUGAGAUUUUUGGGCCAGUGAGACAAACUGAAAAACCCAUCCCUAAAUAGAGGGUGUGGGGUACAACACCAUCUAUCAGCUACUUACAGUGCCAUCCGAACAUCUCUAUCCUGGCAUCUCCACAGCAGUUCAGACCUGCAUUCAUGCAAAGAUAAGACUAGUGACCCUCUCAAUACCUCUGCAACUCUUAACAGCCCAAAUGUGACUGCUAUACCUUUAAACAACUGGCAGAGUUUAUAAGCUGGAAAACCACCCACCACGGACCAGAACUGAAGAAGCCUCUCAGAUGAGUGGCAAAACGUCUUCUAGUCAACCCAGCAAGUCCAGUUUAUUCACUACUGCUUGUUUUACAAUGAUCUGGAUAAUUGAGAACCUUCAUAGACACUCCUCAUAUAUUAACCCUUUCUUUCCCGGGAUGAUUCUCGAAAACCUCCUCUGGACCAUCUCCAAUGCCAAUACAUCUUUUCUUAGAUAAGGGGCCCAGAACUGCUCACAAUACUCCAAGUGCGGUCUAACCAAUGCCUUAUAAAUUCUCAAGCAUUACAUCCUUUCUUUUACAUUCUAGUCCUCUUGAAAAGAAUGCUAACAUUUCAUUUGCCUUCCUCACCAGUGACUUAACCUGCAAGUUAACCUCUUAGGGAAUCCUGCAUGAGGACUCAGGAUACUCACUUUCAUGUAGCCUUGCAUGUCAUUCAACCCCUGAUACCACCAGUGGUGUUGGCAGGGUCUGAGGAGUGUGAUCGGAGCAAGUAGGGAUGUUGCUUUUAGCUGCUGAGCUUGAAACGCAGUGGAAACUCAAGGCAACUGGAAAGAACAUUUGGGGUUCUGCACAAUGCACCUGGAACAUAAGCAUUACAUUUCAACCACUCAAGCCCAUUACACCAUUUAGCUAUGUUCAUGGUGAGGAUUGUUGCAAACUCCAUCCUCGGGGUUGUUUCACUUACAAGUGCGCCCUCUUUGACAGCGCUUGGUUAGCAGGCUUCUCAUUAGCUUACUUGCUUACUGCCUGUAAUGCCACUGGCAUUUAGGGCAGCAAUGAAGGUCCUCUUAGUUGUUAGCUCUGAGCUGAACCCCUGAACCUGUACCAGUGGCCCACGCUUGAUCUGGCCUCUAUCCUUUGACCUGUUUGGCAUGGGUGACCCUACCAAGAGCCAAAGCAUAAAGCCUCGACUCCAGCCAGCAUAGCUCUCUGGAUAACUGAGGCACACAGACCUCCAAACACUCAAGACAAGGUUGUGCUCCUCUUUGAGGUUCUCAUUAGCAUUGAAUCAUAAACACAAGAGAUUCUGCAGAUGCUGGAAAUCCCAAAGCAACACACACAAAAUGCUGGAGGAACUCAGAAGGUCAGGCAGCAUCUGUGGAGGAGAAUAAACAAGUCAACGUUUCAAGCUAAGAGACUUCAUUACCACCUGAUGAAGGGCCUUGGCAAGAAAUGUUGACCAUUUACUCCCCACAGUAGCAUUGGCCAGCACACGAAAAUGAAGACAAAAAUUCUGAUUGUUUCCCCAUGUAUUGGUGCCCACAUCUGCUUUUGCAAGACCAUAAGGCAUAGGAACAGAAUUAGGCUAAAUGGUCCAAUGAAUCUGCUCUGCUAUUCCAACAUGGUAGAUUUAUUAUCCCCAUUCUCCUGCCUUCUCCCCAUAACCUUUGACAUCCUUACUAGUCAGCCAAUAGGAGUGAAAGUAGGCCUUUCAGCAGAGACUUAGUCGAUUUUAGCGUGUGCCGAGCGAGGCCUAAGCCAAAGAACUAUAGAACCCAUAUGCAGAAUCAGCAGAAAAGUAUUUGAAUGGGAGGUGGUUUACUGAAGAACUGAAAAUCAUCACAGCUUCAAUUUCCCACUUGGGUGUGCAUUGGUAGAGUCUGCAAGCCAAUCUUAUUCCUUCACCUGCAGAGCAAUGGCAGGUUCUUGCUUAAACCACUGCUCACCAACAUUUUUAAACACCUCAUAAGCAGGAGAGGUUCUGCUGAUGCGGAAAAUCUCGAACAAUGCACUCAAAACACUGGGGGGAGUUCAUCAGGUCAGGCAGCAUCUGUGGAGGGGACUGAAAUAGGGGUUAUGUAGGAUUGAUUUUAGAAGAUCAGCACGACAUCGAGGGCUGAAGGGCUUGUACUGUGCUGCAUUGUUCAGUGUUCUAAUUCAGGGGUUCCCAACCUUCUUUAUGCCUUAGACCCCUACCAUUAACUGAGGUGUCCAUAAACAAAGUUUUUGGCCAAGACUUUUGACUAUUCAUUCCCCUCCAUCAAUGUCACUUGACUUGCUGAGUUCCUCCAGCAUUUGUGUGAGUAUUAAGUACUUAGCUGGUUUCAAAAUUUACCUAUUCACUUACACAGGACAGAAUUUAUAAUUGUCCCAGGCUAUAUCAAUGGUACUGCUCCACUGUUACAUUUGGAAAGAUGUUAAAGGAAGGAUGGUAAUUAAAUUCUAUCAAUCACAUUUUUGUAAGUGCCAUGCCCUACUUUUUAUAACAAACAGAAAUUUGCCAUUUAAUUACAUGUUAAUGACUGAAUCCCAGCUCAUCUGUAUGCCACAUUGAGAGUCAUUGCCUUUGUAAAUUUCCCCAUGUGUAUAAUAUGUGUUUCUUCUAAAUCUAUUUUUCUACAACAUUAGGUGUGUCCAGUGUCAAUUAGGGAAAAUAAAUUGAUUAUGUUUUUUUUCCACCCAGAUAGUAAGUUAUUUAUAUACUAUAGUUGCUUGGAUCUUUCUAAUGUCCCAACAAUAAUAAAUGUAUGAAAACUCUA